AUGCCAUUUUCUGUAGGCGGUGUGAAGAAUCCAUUUUCAGUUCCACCAAGUUACACGAACUGGGCACCAUGGAUCAGGAAUGAAACUCGAACAAGUGACAUUGUGCUUAACACAGAGUUUCAAAAAGUAGGAAUAAGCUCUUCACAUGAAGCAAAGCUUAGCGGUGUCACAGAAGACCGUCUGUUGGAUGAACUCGCAAAACAAAAGGUUGGAGUUGUAAGAAAAUUGUGUAAAGCAUGCAACAUCGACUCCAAAGGCUCCCGCUUUGAUCUCAUCACCAGACUGAGGGAGAAGAUGAAGAGCAGGCAGACAUAUGAUAAGGUGUUUCAAAGCAUAUGGGGUGCCUCUGGAGGAUGGUCUGUAAUACUAUGUCCACAUGGCAUUGUAUACAGUGUUAAAUUUAAUCUUUGUGCUGAAAGUCCCCGGGAUUUUGCUGACCUUCUCCUGUCCUGGAAGCACAUGCCAAAUGUCUGUGUUUACGAUUUUGCGAGGGGUUUGGCGGCACACACCAAUUUGCGGGUUCCUGAUAAACUGCCAUUUCAUCCACAUGAAGGUCGACUGGCUGAGCCCACUGAGGAAAAUGUCAAGGCUGCACAGGAUGGAAGCCUGAAAGUGAAUCUUCCAUGGCUACAUGAAAGGAUGGAUAGUGUAAAUGAAAAUCCUCAUCAUGUCACUGGAUCAUCUGACCAUUAUGUCCUUUCUUUGCAAACAUGA